ACCUUUCUCUCACAAGCCAAACAAUUAUGGAGAAACAGGCAAUAGUUGAAGAGCUUGUGAGAGGGCGUGAGUUCGCAAACCAGUUGCUUCAACUACUUCGUCAAGGAUCCAAUUAUAAAGGAAAUCAAGAGUCAUUCUUAUCAGUCGCACGUCCAUUUGGUCAAGAUCUUCUCACCGAAAUUCUUCGAUCAUUCACCAACACCUUUCUGCUCUUGAACAACACCACCGAUCCUGACAUUCAAUCCCAUGAUGUCUCUUUCUUCAGUGAUUCUUCUUCGGCCAGGAAUAUUUACCAAGGAUCCGAGGUUGCUGGGGAUGUAGGUGUAAAUUGCAAGAGCUUCAUCAACGGAAGAUCAGACAACCAAAGAGGCUGUUACAAGAGAAAAAGAAGUACACAGACAUGGGAAAAGGAUUCUCCGAUUCUGAUUGACGAUGGGUAUGCAUGGAGAAAAUAUGGACAGAAAAUGACCACAAAUGCAAGAUACCUCAAGAACUACUAUAGGUGCAGUCACAGGCAAGUAGGUUGCUCAGCGAUGAAACAAGUUCAGAGAAUACAAGAGAAGCCUCCUUUAUACAGAACCACCUAUAUUGGUAUUCAUUCUUGCAAAAACCAUAAUAUGCUUCCUGAGAUGACUUUGGCUCUCACUUCUCCUUCUGAUUCCUCCAUAUUACUUAAUUUCAAUGACAAUACUAGCUUCCACCACCACUUUUUCUCAUCAUCUUCUACUAAUGAUAAGAAGGAGCGUGACGAUGAAGAAAACAUUCCCAUUAUUGAUCAUGAUGAUCGUCAUGUCGAUGUAGAACAAAACCAUGUGCCCGAAUAUGAUGACCAUGUCCCUACCCUGUUAUCCUCGACCUUGGAUAUGUUUUCUUAUUAUGAAGUAGUGGACGAUGUGCUUUUGAUGAGGUGUUUUGAUUUCGAUGACUUCGCACGUUUUGGCAAAUGAUAUGGUCUUGAAGCAAAGUUUUGGCCUAUGAUGUGGUUUUGGAUGAGGGCUUUUGCUUCACAAAAGGCGUACGUUUAUUAGAAUAGUUUGUUUAUCAGGCCAAAACAAAAAAUAAAGAGGAGUAAGAGUUCGGUUAGAAAACUAGUUAGCGUUGCGGCAGUGAAUUUAUAUACAGGAUUUUUCGUCAAAUAUGAAAUAAUUGUAACUUUCAAUAGUGUAUUAUAAAUGUUCAUAACAAUCCAAUGGAAUUAUAUUUCCGCGUCAUAUUGAUUCAAUAGACUUGUAAUACACAUAUUGAUGUAUAUA